CAUGUGCUACAUCAGUACAUGUUUACUGAGUCAUGCAGUCAAAUAUGAAGAGGUUCUACCACAUUAUUUUCGCAGCAGCGGUAUUGCUACCAUUCAUCGUGUAUGGCUAUCUGACACCAGAGGGUAUUGCCAAGCCAUUGGUGAAAGCCCCAACAGGAGCCACUACUACUGGCCAUCAUAUUGUGGUGCUCAAACAAGACUCCUCGAAGAGUGACCUGCAAAAAGUGGUGGAGAAGGUGAAGAGGAUGUCGGAUGAUGUCACUGUGCAUCGCUACACUGAGCAUGUGGGGAAGACACUCACUGUGGAUGCACCAAAGCAUGUCCUGGACAAGAUACUCUACUUGGAUGAAGUGAAUCAUAUCGAGGAGGAAGACAUUGCGUUUGGUACCGAGUGCACGAAAGUAAAAAUUGGCGAUAACAUUACUUGUGAGACAAACGACAAACAACUGUGGUUUCUGGACAGGCUUAAUCAGCCGAAUCUCCCACUUGAUGGCAUCUAUACAAACAGUUUCAACAUCCAGGAAGAAGAAACAGUUGAUGUGUACGUUCUUGACACAGGAAUCGAAUUUGAGCAUUCUGAAUUUGAAAAUCGGGCAAAAUACGCUGGUUAUGAUCCUGUUGAUGAGUACCAUUUCACCACAUUGAACACACGUGAUUACAAGCCACAGAAUGGAAGAGAUUGCAAUGGGCAUGGAACUCUGGUUGCUAGCUUGAUCGGAGGAAAAACGUACGGAACAGCAAAGAAAGUGAAUCUUAUAAGUGUUCGAGUGCUUGGAUGUGAGAGAGCUGCUCCUUGGAGCGUUAUUCUUGAUGGUCUCAACUUUAUUGCUACUGAAGUUGCCGAGCGAAAACGGCCUGCUAUUGUGAGUAUGACUCUUAGCGGUAGUGUGCAUUUGUCCCUGAAUUCAGCAAUUGCAACUCUGCACAAUGACAGAAAUGUACUAAUUGUAGGCUCGGCUGGAAACACUCACAGCGAUUCUUGUGACUCUUCGCCAGCAAGCAAUAAACUUGUUUUGAGGGUUGGGGCUACCAAAGUGAAUGACAGUAUCUUCGAAGAAUCCAACUAUGGCACCUGUGUGGAUGUUUUCGCUCCUGGGGAAAAAAUCGGAGGAGCUAAUAUCUCUUGCUUGACAUGUACAACUGAAAAUAGAAAUGGCACUAGUUUGGCUUCUGCUCUUGUGUGUGGUAUAGCAGCCGUUCAUCUUUCUCGCACCCCAUUUAUGAAAGCUGCCCAUCUCAAGCAGGCUAUAAUUGAUGUGUCUUCUAAGGAUGUUUUAAAGUCAAUGCCAAGUUUGACCCCUAACAGAAUAGCAAAUUUUGAUUGUGGCGGUGCAUUUGUGAUAAACACAGACAUUAAAAUUCAAUCACCAAAUUUUCCGAGGCAUUACAACAAUAGCUUGAAGUGCACAUGGACAGUGUAUGCUCCGGAAGGAUGGUACAUCAGUCUGCAAUUUGACUUCAUAAAGGCAGAGCAGAACUAUGAUUGGGUGAAAGUGUGUGACGGAGUAUGUUCAACAGAUACUCAGCUGGCAAAACUAACUGGAGAUUUCGCUGAGGUUAAUUGUGGUUACAGUUCUUCUGGCAAUGUUCUCACUCUUGAAUUCACCAGUGAUGAGACGACUACUUCUUCUGGCUUUCGAGCUAAGGCCAAUAUACUCAAAUCACAGUCGUCUAGCCCAGGAUGCAGCCAGCUAAAUACAACUGAAGCCAUGCAGAUAGAUGUAAUAAGUCAAGGGACAAGUGUUGGUAAUCGAUUUUCAAUGCACAAGGAUUGGCAACAAAUAUUUGGAGGCAGAAGGCGUGGAAUAAACAUUGCCAUUAUCGAUGAAGUCUCAGGUGAAGUGAGGGAAACAAUGAACUAUGACACAUAUCCAAAUAAUAAUCCUUCAUUGCUAUUGGCAUCAAAAAUUGAGAACUUGCAUCCAGGUGCGUUGGUUGUAAUGAGUUCAAGUGGGAAUCCAGUAAACUAUUUCGACACAAGAGCAAAACGAGCUAUUCGCACGCUAGGGUCUGCAUACUCAUACAAUAUGAAUAGUGCUUCGUCAUGGUCGAUGGUUGGUGUGAAAGGAUUGGCGCAAAAUAAAGCUAUUGAGAGCCACAGCCAAAGCUUUGCUGUUAAUGUUUCCACCCAAGUCAAACUACAGUCAACUAAGAUGUAUGGACUCCGUGUAACAGUGGUUUCAGGUGGGAAAACAAGUGGAGGUAAUGUGGCGACUAUCACCAUCGAUGGAAAGAAUGUUGAAAUUACUAGUGAAGAUAGUAACAACCUGGGACUGAAUGUUGCUGUUUUUGAUGAAAACACAGGAUAUGUUUUGGAUACUAAAGUAUUCAACACACAUGCUGAAGCUGUUUCUGAUCAUACACCUUCCACUGCAUUUGUUGAAUAUAUCGAUGCACUACCUCCCGGUAGAGUUGUAGCUAUUGCUAUCAAAGGAGAUGCAAUCACUCACCUUACAGAGGAGGCCAAGGAUGCUUGCGAAAAAAUUGGCAGCAAGCUCAUUCGAUACGCCCAGAUAGAUAGGUCUUGGGCUAUUAUUGGGCGAAAGGGUGCUUUGCCAGGAGAAGUAGCCGAAUCUGUGAAAUACUAUGCACCUGCUUUUGCUACUUCUUACAUACCAAUUGGUACAUCAAAGAAUUCUUCAUUUUGUAGAAUUUCAGCAGCUUCGAGUACCCAUUGGGGUGGAUGUAGUGCUACAGGUUACAUAGGAACAUAUAUCUCUAUAAAUCAUCAAACGUUUCCUAGUAACCUUUGUCCAUUGUACGGGCUAAUUGUUGGGUUGGUUGACGAGAACAGCUGUGAGUUUGAUCAAACUAUAUACUACAACACACAUGGUAGUUCAACUGAAGAUAGCCGACUAAAUUCUUUUAUUGCAAACAUUCCAAAUGGCCGUAUUAUAGUCGCAGCUAUGUCUUACGAUGGUAUCAGCAAUUUCGAUAAUGGUGGAAAACAAGCUCUCGAAAACAUUGGCAGUGCACACAUUUGGAAUGUCGGUACAUACCGAGCCUGGGCUAUCAUUGGAAGGAAGGGAGCUGCACCUGGUUCUGUUCCAGAGGUUUUCAAUAGCCAAUACACAGCUGCUAUCAGUGCUAGUGUGCCUGUUUCAGUGCCUGAGCUUCCUACCAUCCAAGGUUGUGAUAAUUCCAUCUACCCUCUUUCCUGUCGCGCUGGGAGGGAGUGAGUGAUUUUGUAUGCUUGCUGCGCAUCAUGGAUGUGGACAAAAUUGAUGUGUUUGCUGCCAUUAUUAUAUAGCCAUAAAUUAUAACUAUAGAGAACAUUGUGCGCUCAGUGUGCAGAUGUGCCAUAGGAGAUGUAUCAUGCAGUAGUCUUGCAAUUUUGUAUAAUUAUAGGAUUCAUAAUAAUUAAUGAAUUGCCAUGACAAAUUAUAGUUGUAAAUCAAACAUGCAUGUAAAACAAGAUUAAUGUUCACCAGUCAAUAA